AUGGGUUACGACAGUCCAGCGAGGGGUAGAGGUUCCACCUCUGGAGGGUUUCGCGGAGGUUUCCGUGGAGGGGACAGAGGAAAAUCACCAAACUUCAGAGGAGGAGGAGGAGACAGAGGUCGUGGAGGCAGAGGAGGUCAAAGAGGAGGUUUCAACUCUCCAGCAAACCGUGGCAGAGGUGGUUUCGGAUCUCCGGCAGAUAGAGGAGGCCAGAGAGGUGGGUUUAGGCCCUUUGGAUCAUCCGAACGUGGAAGAGGUGGUGGUGGAGGAUAUCGAGGUCGUGGAGGAUUCAGUCCGAAUAGAGGAAAUUUUUCCCCAAGUCAUCGUGGCGGUCGUGGAUCGUUCACUCCUCGUGGGAACGGAUCGCCGGGAUUCAGAGGUGGCAGAGGUGCACAUGGCUCGUUUAGUGAAAGAAGGAGGCCAGAUAAUGAAAGACAGGAAGGCGGUCGUGGAGGAUACAAGAAGAAUUUUUCUGCUCCCAAUACUCCAGCUGGUUCGAAAGGAAAGCCCAAGAAGUUCGAAGAGGAUGAGGAAGAUGAAGAUGAAGAAGAGGUCGCUAAUGUCAGCGCUUUGAAGGAGAAGAAGAAGGCGAAUGGAAAGCCUACAAAGAUUGUUCCUGAUGCUGAAGACGAAAGUGAAGAGGAGGAGGAUGAGGAUGAAGAAGAGAUGGAUGAAGAUGAAGAGGAUGAAGAGGAGGAUGAGGAAGACGGAGCAGAUGAAGCUAUGAUUGCAGUUCCUGCCAAGCCUGCUGCAAAGAAACAAGUUGCAACUUCGAAAAAGCCGGAAACUUCGAAGAAACCCGCUAUAGAAGAAGAUUCCGAUGAAGAUGAAGACGAAGAUGAUGAAGAUGAAGAGGAAGACGAUGAAGAAGAAGAUGAUGAUGAGCCGGUAGCGGCAGCCUCGAAGAACAAAGCUGGAGCAGCAGCCCCGAAGAGCAAAGCCGCGGUUGCGCAGAAACCCGCAGCGGCGAAGAACGUCACAGCGAAUGAAGAAUCUGAUGAAGAUGAGGAGGAUGAAGAUGAAGAAGUCGAUGAGGAUGAGGAGGAGAGUGAUGAAGAGGAAGCUGCACCUGCAAAGAAAGCGGCAGUUCCGAAAGCUGCUGGUACUUCUAAGGCAAAGACUUCGGCAGCACCAGAGGAGGAAGAAGACGAGGAUGAAGAGGAUGAUGAGGAGGAAGAUGAAGAAGAGGAUGAAGAAAGUUUGGAAGAUGAGGAGCAAACUGAACCAAUCAUGAAAACGCCGGCGCAAAAACCUAAGCAAAAAGAGCUCAAAAGUGCGUUAAAGAGCGAUAAAGGAUCUGACACAAAGAAGAAAGUGGACGUGUCGGCUGCACCAACCCCAACUACUUCUUCGAAAAAGAUUCCACCGACGCCACAUCCUCAAAAGAAAGGCGUGAAGGACACUCCAAAGGCAACUUUGAAUUUUGAUGAUGAUAGUAGCGAUGAUGACGAGGAAGAAGAUGAAGAAAUGGAAGUAGAUGAAGAUGAAGAGGAAGUUGAAGGCGAAGAAGGCGAAGAUGAAGAGGAAGACGAGGAGGAAGAUGAGGAUGAGGAAGAAGAAGAGGUAUUUGUUGUUGUUUAUCCACCCUCGCUUGUCAAUACAUCCAACGUCGCAGAAUCAAAACCAUAA